CCAGGCUCCCAAGCAUCAGCUGCUGUAGCAGCUGCAACUGAUACAACAGAAGAAAAUGUUGUGCACAUUUCAGAUGGAGAGGAACAAGCUGCUGGUCCUGGUAAAAAGAGGAAGCAAUAUUCUAAAGUGUGGAAUGACUUCACCCAAGUGUGUGUUGAUGGAAAAUGGAAGGCCAAAUGCAAGCAUUGUGGCAAGAAUCUUUCAGCCGUCUCAAGGAAUGGUUUAUGUAUGUGCCAUGCCCCCAUACUGCAGAAGCUAUUUGUGAUGCAUUGCACAAGUGCCUCCAAAGCUGGGAUAUUGAUCGGAGGGUAUCAACUGUCACUCUUGACAAUUGCAGCACCAAUGAUAGCAUGAUUGGGUUAAUGGAGACAAGGCUUAGUGCAACUAAUAUGCUUUUGAGAGGAAAAUGGCUGCAUAUGCGGUGCUGUGCACACAUUCUGAACCUCAUCGUCAAAGAUGGCAUGGAAGUCAUUGCAAGUGCAGUUUCAAACAUUCGAGACAGUAUUGCUUACUGGGUUGCUACACCAAAGAGUUGAUGCAGCUGCUGUGUUAUCAAUUUUUAAAACUCUUGCUGCAAAUAAGAAGACUAAUAGCUAUGUUCGAAGUAAGAAUGAGCUAGAUCGCUAUUUGGAUGAAGAAACCCUUCCUCAUGAUGAUAAUUAUUUUGAUAUCCUUGGUUGGUGGAAGUUGGAGGGAACCCGUUAUCCCACUUUGAGGCAAAUUGCUCGGGACAUCCUAGCUAUUCCAAUCACAACAGUAGCUUCUGAAUCAGCUUUUAGCACUAGUGGAAGGGUUUUGAGUGAGCACCGCAGCCGUCUUACUCCUAAGAUAUUGGA